GCGGCUGUUACUGCACCGGAAGCGGAAGUGGGCCGCGGUGCUAGUUGUUGUUGCUAGUGCUGCCACCGCGGGUCCGGUCUGGGGCGUCAUGGCGGCCACGGCCCUUCCUCCGCUGCCGGAGCAGUUCAAGAGCCUCCAGCAUCAUUUGCGAACCGGGCAGGAGCUGGACAAGCGGGAGCCGGUGGUGGCGUAUUACUGCCGUUUGUAUGCUAUGCAGACUGGGAUGAAACUUGACAGUAAAACCCCAGAGUGCCGCAAAUUUUUAUCCAAACUAAUGGAUCAGUUGGAAACGAAACAUGAUAAAGUCCUUUUAUACUGCAAGUCUCCUGAUAGAUGUUUUGUCGAUAAAGUCCUGAAUUUUCUUAUAUUUUUACUUUUUAAUUACCUUGUUUUUGCAGGGGAAGUCCGUUUGACACCAGAGGACUUUGCCAGAGCUCAGAAAUAUUGCAAAUAUGCUGGCAGUGCUUUGCAGUAUGAAGAUGUGAGCACUGCUGUGCAGAAUCUACAGAAGGCCCUCAAGUUACUGACUACAGGCAGAGAAUGAUGCCUUUGUCCAACAGAUUCAUGUCUUUUGCCUAAAGAACUAACAAUCUAUUACUUUACCUUCUGCCUAUCAGGGGCACAGUUACAUGAAAGCUCUCAAUUCCAUUGACCAUGACAAUGAAAUCUGUGUCUCAGUAUCAGAUCCCUGAUGUAGCACUAAUCAGCAAGCUCAACCAGUUUUCAUUUUCCACACAGUGGAACUGGAAACAUGUGGAUGCAGUGAUGUGAUCAAGAUACUGGAGAAUGCACUCUGAACACUGCUUAAGAGUUAGAAUUAAUGCUACAAUAUUUAGAAUGUUUAAGGAAAAACAUGGAAUCUCUCUUUACCGUUUUGGAAAAACAAAGUAAUAUGCUCUACUAGUAUUGAGUCUGAAUUUAUCACUGUUAAUAAACUUUAAAAUGAAAAAUGGCUUUGGGACUGGAAAUAAAAAUUAGGGAUUUUCUACUGAAAUUUAGAUAGCAGGAGUGUGGGGCCAGAUGGAUCAUGAAAUGAUCUUAAUGUACAUCCAGAAAAGUCCUUUUUAAAAAAUACAACUAAAUUGUUUUGGUAUUAUCUGAGACUAAGUUAAAGGUGGGAGGCUUGAAAAGAAGAAUACUGAGAUUUAAUUGAUAAUUUAUUGCACUGGAACGUCCAUUUCUUGAAGCUUUGGGCAAAGACAUUUAGAUGCUCCUCUUCCCCUCCCCUCCCUCCUCCUCCCCCCCACACACAUGUGUGAACUGCUACAUAUUGGUUUUGGUAACUGAUUCUUACUCAUUUUGCAUGGGCAAUUUAAAUGUUAUAUAUUAAGGAUGGUUAAAAGAAGGUAGUACUAGUGUUAACUAGAGAUGAGCCCAAAGCCCAGAUGCUGACAGCGUGGAUUUAAGCUUCACAGCUGCCCCAUUUCUUUCACCAGCCAAAUGACUGGACUUUGACACCUUCAUAGUCUCUGUUUAGAUCCAAACUUUGCAGCUGAGGUUCAUCUCUAAUGUUAGUGCAACAGAGUAUCCUCCCCUGCUUGCUUUCUGUGGAGAUUUUGGGGAUUCUAGAAUUGAUUAAAAUAUUUUGGAAUUUGAACUCUGAACACUUUAUGAGCUGUGUUCUGGGGAAUUAUGGAGCUAUUGAUUGUUAAAACUGCAUCCAUGCUGUAUAAAAAUAAAUGAAUAAAAGAUUCUUAAAUUAGUAUGACA